UUCUACAGCCAAGAUUAGCGUUAAGGACUGGCAAACGGUACCGGCAAGAAAAUGGGAGGGAGAUGGUACUGAACUACAAGGGACGGAAAAUGAAGUUGUCAUCCAACAUGGAGAGCUGCUGGUUGGCGUACUGGACAAGAUGCAUUAUGGAGCCACUUCAUAAAGUCUCGUCCAUUUGUUUAAUGAGCUUUAUGGAGGUUAGUAUUCGUGCCGACUUCUCUCGUGCUUCGCGCGCCUUUUCACGACAUACCUUCAGCUGAAAGGAUUCAGUUUGGGUGUCGAGGACAUCUUAGUAACUCCUCGGGCUGAUAAAAAGCGCAGAAAGAUUCUUAAGCGAAUUGAAAUGGUUGGAGAUGGUGUUGCUACUAAAGCUGUUGGUGUUACCCCUCAAGAGGUUUAGAAAAGUGGAAUGGAGAUUGUGAAGAAGAAAAUGCAAGAGAUACAUUUCAGCCAAAAUGCCCUUAAAAAAAUGGCCAUCGACAGAGAAUACAAGGGUGUUACUGAUCAAAUUAACAACGAAGUUAACAGGGCCUGCAUUCCUGGAGGAUUGCAUAAACUGUUUCCGGAUAACAACUUGGCGUUGAUGAUUCAGUCAGGUGCCAAAGGAUCUAGCGUUAACGCUAUGCAAAUUUCUUGCCUCUUAGGCCAAAUUGAUUUGGAAGGAAAACGGCCCCCUCUGAUGAUAUCAGGGCGACUGUUUAUUGAAAUAGGGCAACAGCCUUGUAUUUUGGACUUGCCUUGUACUCUUGGAUCAGCCAUCGUAAUUCCUUGUCUAACAGCAAUGACCGCUGCCUAUGGACGACCCGAUCAGAAGGGAGCAGUUUUUGGUAACCUAAGAUCAUUGGAAGAGCUCGCUCGUGCCUUCUGCCCUUUACUGUCUUCAUUUGUAUGUGUUGUGUUCGGAGUCGGGACAUACUACUGCAUUGGAGCUGUUGGUCUAAUAAUUCCGUUCGUUUUACUGCGUCAGUCGCCGUUGCAAACGUAA